AUGAUCAAGAGAACGACACUCGGGGCUUUCCGAGUAAUCAAUUCGGGUCCGUUUUUGGGUCCCAUCAGCCAGCAGAAGCGAUGCUUUCUGACCCGACACGUGCCCGAAACACGAAUGGUCAUUCACGCUUUGUCGGCUAAAGGUUUUCUGCUUUGAUCUGCCUUCAAGGAUCCACAUUUGAGAGGGCGACGAGACGAAGACGAUUGUCUUGAGCGACGCCGCUGUUGACGAGAAAAAGCCUGUGGUUCUGAUUCUUGGCUGGGCCGGUGCCCUCCAGCGUCACAUCGACAAGUAUGCUGAGAUCUACACCUCACAAGGGUCAGCUCUUGAUUUCUUCCCUCCAUGAAUCUUUUUCCUGUUUUCCAAGCUGUACUUGAUCCCUCGCUCCAUAAAUAACCUCGCAAAAAAAACGGAGUUUUAAACCGAGGAACACCGAUAAUAACAUAUUUCCGCUCAUCAACAAGUAGGAUGAAAAGCUGAAGACCAAUUAUAGUCUCCAACUGAUAGACUAUUUUUUAACACGUUAAAGGGACCUUCUAAAUUUAUGUGAUCUGGAAAAUAAAUGGUUUUUCGAAAGCAAAGUUCAUUUCAUGAGAAAGCUCUGCCAAAAUUUUAUGCGUCAAAAAAAAAAAUUCGAAUUUUUUCCUUUUUUUUUCAGUUCGAAACCCCAAACCCUUCUCAGCGCCUUCUAUAACACUUCAAAAAUUUCGACAGCUGAAAAAAUUUGUGAAAUAGCCAUAAAUGAGUUUUGCGCGUUUUUCGGACUUUUAGAGUUGCUAUUUUUUUCAUUUUUGUUCCGAAAUUGUUUGUGAAGAUCCAUAAGAGAAUGAUUAGUCUUGUCGGCACGUUCUGGAUAAUUUUUCUUCAGGUACCGCGUAGUGUCUCUGACCCCACCUUGCUAUACUUAUCGAAUUCCGAAUUCUCGCAUUGGCUUCUAUAUUUCGCCGUUGUUUCGCGCCGUCGAUGCAAAGCCUGGCGACUUCAGAACAUAUGAUAAAUGGUAUUAUCGGAAAUUCCUUGAAGUUUUUUGAUUAUCGGAACGGUUUUCAGCCCCAUCGUUGUUCACUCCAUGUCCAUGAACGGCAUCCGAGCAUUGGCUUCUUUCUGGAAAUGGACGGAAGUCGAGCAGAGGACCGACCUUCGAGAAAGAAUCAAAGGCAUCAUUUUCGACAGGUUGAGUCGUUCCCUGAAUGCAUCUGGAAGUUUCUGAGGUUAGCGCUCCGUCGAGGUGCACUGGGAAACAAGAAGCUGUGGGAAUGGUCGUCUCGACGCCGCCCCUCGAGGGCUUCCACGGAGUCAGCCACGAAACGCGAAUCAAAGUCGUUUCUGUUUGGGUCAAUUUCCGCAAUGCCAUUGUUAGUUUGAAUUUAUUGAAACAAGGCUAUUUUAUGUAGAUUUUGUACUUUUUUCUCGUGAAAUUUCAAUGUGUGAUACGGCAAAAAUUGAAAUUUCUUCAAUUUGUCGCUUGACCCCCUCCUAAAAAAAAGUCAACCGAAGAGAGCAAUCUUCUGAAAUUUCUCAAAGGUACUCUCGAACUUUGGUAAUUUCUUUUAUUUAUAUAUUGGAGAAAUAUAUUCUAAAGCGGGCUAACUUCAACCAGAAGCAUUGGAGGCGCAAACGUUUUGAAACAGAAAGCUUUUGAUCUUGCGCCGUCUAUCUUCAACUGUUUUUAAACUAGACCAUAGAGUACAGAUUCAAUUUUACAACGAAGACCGUUUGACUCAGUAAAGUAAAAAAAAACUUCUUUUUUCAAUUAUUUACAGGGGGCUUCGCACAGCGCCCAGGCGUUAUCUCGUUAAAAAUAAGGAGGUGUAAAUUUAAGGCGAUUCCGCUCUCCGCAACGGUUCCUUUUCUUCGCUCGAUGCUCUCUCUCUUCUAUUACAUGAUCGACAAGAUGAAACUUCCGCGCGAUCAGCUUUUCCUGUACUCCUCGGCUGACGAUAUGGUCAAAGCCAAGUUUUGAAAUAGUCUCAAGUGGAGGCUGACCUUUAAACUCCAGGAAUGUCGAGAAGUUCAUGAAGGCACAAGUGAAAAAGGGCGCCAACGUCGAUUCUGUCAAUUUUGGCGAUUCGGCUCAUGUCCGACAUUUCUCUGAUCAUCCUCUGGAGUACCGCCAGAAAUGCCUUCAGUUUGUCCGUCACAUCGAAGCCGUUUACAAGUGA